AUGGCUCUUCGGUUCUGGGGGUUCGAAGAGCAUAAGAUAAUAAUGCGGCUGAGCUCCGAGCUACUCCUCUCUUUGGUUCCUUCGUUGACUUUUUAUCAUUCUGGUUUAUGUUCUAAUCGUUUGAAACCUCUUGAAAAGAGUGAUUGGCGUGCUGAAGUGUUGUUCAAAAUCUUACUUCUGGAUAUGAGCUCUGUCUGUGGUAGGUUGGAUUACAAAGAUGCAGAGUCCCACCUUGAGAGCAGCUCUGCUUCGAGUCCCAAUAAUGGGGCAAAGCAUGUCUCUUGUAUCGGAUGUGAAGAUGCUCAGGAGUCUGAUGGGGAUGAUAGUGGUUAUAUAAACCAAAAUGCGAACAAAGGAUCCAAAUCUAUAUCAGAGUCUUUACCUCGUAAGUCUUUGGAUGAUGAAGGAGAAGACAAGAACCUAGCGACCGCGUUGCAGGACAUGUUCUCGGAGAGUAAGAUGGGUGUGGUUAAUAUCAUCCCAGCCAUUAAAGGCAGUCGAGAGAAGCAUGGAAAGUCUCUUGAGAAGCUGAGCGUGUCAUGGGCUGAAGAUGUGUAUGAUCCUCCACCCUCCAUUGUCUCUCACACGAGAAGCAAGAAACAGCAGCAGCCGAAAUCAAAGAGCAGAGACAGUUUGAAGAAGAAUGGAAAGAAAGGACAAAAGGGGAGCAGCAAUUCGUCAUCAUCGUCCCGUGGCAGCAAAGACAAGAAGCAGUCUUCUUCUUCUUCUUCUCGUAGCAAACACAGUCGUGAUAAGUUUGGUUGGGCCACACAAGUGCCUCUCGUAGCUGCAUCUUCUUGA